GCAAAAAUUGAGGUGAACUUACCUCCACAAACACUACCUAACAUUCUAAUUGACAUUAAAAGACAAACUCCUGCAAUUAGUACUUCCAUACAAUCACAGCAUCCCAUAUAUCUUUCAUAUUUACCAUUUUAUCUACUACUUAACUAAUUUAUUAUCUUUUGGUACAUAUAGAGCUUGUAUAAGUGUAUAUAAGUAGGCCACUCUCUAACUAUGUCAACCCAGCUAAGUGGCAGAUACCCUUAAGGCUCUGAAAUUUCAUAAUUGAGCUGCAGAAAGAGAGAGAUGGAUGUCGCGAUAUCCUUAGAAUUGGAGCCACUAAAGCAGAUGAAUGAUCAUGGAAUGUUCUUUUCUAGUGGUAAUUUUAUCUGCAGUUUGAAUGCAAGAGACAGGAAAAUUGUUUGUGUCACCAGUGGAAACUCCUACUUUGGUUCUCACUUGAUCAAGAAGCUUUUGGCAUAUGGUUACCUUGUUCGAGUUAUUAUUCAAAAUCAAGCUAAUCUUGAGGACAUGAAGGAGCUGAUGAGGGAAGAAGUGAAGCAACUGGAGAGUGUUGUGGUGGCAAGAAUGGAUGAUUUAGAUAGCCUCUGCAAUGCUUUUAGAGGUUGUCAUGUUGUUUUCCACACAUCAUCUUUCGUUGAUCCGCGAGGGAUCUCUGGAUACACGGAACGAAUGGCAUUUAUUGAAGCUGAAGCAGCAAAGAAUGUCAUAGAAGCUUGUGGCAGGGCAGCAUAUGUUAAAAGAUGCAUUUUCACCUCUUCUCUACUUGCAUGCAUCUGGAAAAAUGACCUGCCAAACCUCAUAGAUGAGAGCUCUUGGAGUGAUGAGACAUUCUGUAGAGAACACAAGCUUUGGCUAGCCUUGGCCAAGACCAGGGCAGAAAAGGUUGCUUGGAGGAAAGCAAGGGAGAUGAAGGUGAAACUUGUUACUUUAUGUCCUGGACUUCUCAUGGCACCAUCUUUCCCAAACGCUCACCUUGAAACUUCUCUCCCGUACCUCAAAGGUGGCUAUUUCAUGCUAAGACAAGGAAUUCUAGCAACUGAAGAUGUAAGUAAAGUGGCAGAAGCACAUAUUUACGUCUAUGAAGAUAUGGACUAUGGAGCGUGUGGAAGAUAUAUUUGCUUUGGAAAUAUAGUUGGAACAUUGGAAGAGGCCAUACAACUUGAAAAUGGCUUGAAUAUAUCUGGCCACUUGUCUGGGGAUCAAAGCCCUCUUGCAGUAGCAGUUGAAAAUAAUGAAAUUCCUCCCAGAAUUACUAAGUCAAAGCUCAGUAGAUUACUAUUCCAUGCGUCACAACGCCUUCCUUGCAAACACUGAAUAGUAAUAUUUGUAUGGUACUUACCUCAAAAUAUUAUUACAAAAAAGGUAGCAAUUGGAGAAGUGUAGUCAGGAAUUUAUAUAAAGGUAAUGUCAUGAUUGAUAAUCGAAUUUGUGAGCAGAAGUUAUUUUUCAGCUCAAUUUACCA